UAUACCUAUUUUAAGGUUUCUAAAGUCAUGUGCAGUUUUGAUAAAUGAAUGGGAAACUGAAAAAAAAAACGAAGUAGUUUGUCACUACAUAUUUACGUCUCAAAUAUUUAACUAUUGUAGAUGGCAAGGCUUCGGCGCCAAAUACACAAUAACGCACGUAUGUCCCCGGUGAAUAAUGCUACACUGGUUUUAUCCCGCACCUGAUUAUAUUGGCAUUACUAUGGGAGACAAUUCAUUUUGUACUUGCUGACUUAACCACUGGAAAAAGUAGAUUCUUAACAUUCUGCGUCAUAUGAGUAAAAAAAGCAAAUGUUUAUUUACUGUUCAAAACGAAUUCUAACCGUAAGUUAGAACCGUAAGCGCAUUUGAAACAAUACAAAGCAUCUUCAAAAAGUCAAUACGAUUAUUGUUAUUUUCUGUGAACGCAUUUUCCCUGAUGAUUUAAUUCGCUUAUGGAAAACACUUACAAAUGGAUCGUAAUAGGCUUUCACAAUCACAAAACUUAAAGGCACAUAAAGCCUCAGAAAUACAUAUUAUUUUAUUUUCUAAAGAAAUGAUAAACGUGUGUUUACAAUAUUGUAAUAAUGGAUUCCGGAUAUGUAAAAUGCUAUUCACUUGAAGAACAUAGCACUGAUAUAAUGUAUAUAUGUAGUUAUUUGUGAAAAAAACGUAAAUAUAAACAGAGUAGUAUUUUGACUUUCAUACAAAAUACUAAACUAGUACAUUGGUAGCUUAUUGCCUAAACCUAAUAGCAAAAAUAAUUUAACUAUAAGGACGACGAGGUUCUUUUUGGAAAUGCUACAAUUCACAAAUCAUUAAAAUUUUUGGAAAACGAAAAACACAACAAAAAAACAACAACAUUUUAUAGGCUAAGUGUGCCUUUAAUAUCAGUUUGAAACUGUUGUAUCGUCCAUGUUACAUUUCUCCAUUUUAUGUAUGUAGAAAUAGCAAUGUUAAGUACCUUUAAUCGGAUGCCAGGAGAAAAUUAUCUAAAUAAUUCAGAGGAUAAGCAGCGCGAAUGUUGUGUUUUUGACGCCGUAUCUUCCCAAAGGAAAUGUGUGUAUAUGUGUAGUAUAUAUCCCAGACAGUUAUUGAUUAAUGAAAUAAGAUCGUUUCUGUAGAGGGAACAUUCAUAUCUCUUUGUUGCAUAUCGUGAAACAAUCUAAAGUUCUAUGGAUAAACAUAAGGAAACAAAGGAAAUGUGUGUAUAUGUGUAGUAUAUAUCCCAGACAGUUAUUGAUUAAUGAAAUAAGAUCGUUUCUGUAGAGUGAACAUUCAUAUCUCUUUGUUGCAUAUCGUGAAACAAUCUAAAGUUCUAUGGAUAAACAUACAAUUAAAAACAAAUUCACUCUGAUAAAUAUCGGUGGAACAACUUACAAGUGCUAUACAAAAACGCUUACUGCUUUCUCUACUUCGAAGUUGGCUAACUUAGACAAAGAAAACGACGAAUAUGACGACGAAAAAAAUGAAUAUUUUUUCGAUAGAAAUCCAAUACUGUUUGCAUACAUCCUGGAUUCGUUCCGAAAAGGAGCAAUACAUUUGCCAAAGGAUAUAUGUGGAACAACUUUCAGACAGGAGUUAGAAUUCUGGGAAAUACCUCCGCGCUAUGUUGCUCCGUGUUGCUGGGAGGCACUUUAUGGUAGCGAAGGUGAUAUAGAAAUAGUGCACUUGCUGCUGGAAAAUUUUCGUCAAGGUCAAAAUUGGAGCCGUAUUCACGACCGAAAAUCGGGUCUUAGGACACGACUUUGGCUUUUUCUGGAUGAGCCGAAAUCUUCCAGAUCAGCUUUUGUAUGGAACUUAUUCAUAUCAUUCCUUAUUCUGGCUGCUUUGCUUGCUGAUUCUCUAUCCACUAUCGAUAUAUUUCAAGAAAACCACACUGAAGAGGAUAUGAUGGUGUUUGCGAAAUUUGCUGAUUCCGUUCAUUUCAGUAAUGCAACAAUGGAAAAGAUUUCGGCCAUGAAACCAAACGCAUACCUGUUGUUUAUCAGUGUAAUGUUACAUGCCAUUCUAACAUUAGAGCUUGUUAUCGGAUUUGUCGUCUGCCCGAAUAAAAACAGUUAUUUCAAAUGCAUUUCCCGAGUUAUUGCUUGUUUUGGAUAUGUAGCUUAUUGGAUUUCAUGCUGCAUCUACUUAAAUUUACGAUAUGUUACUUCCAUAUAUGUUGUAACUAUACAAGUUAUAUUUGGCUAUCUCUCUAUAUUGAAGCUUUUUCGACUUUUUUAUCUUUCUAGAAGUAUCCCUGCAUUUAGACUUAUUACUCUAACAUUCCGAUCAUGUAAGCAAGAAAUGAAAAUAUUAGUUUUUUUGCUAAGUAUAUGUGUUUUUGUUUAUGGAUAUUUCUUAUUCGCUGCCGAAUUCCUGCACAAUCCUAAUAUAAACAAUAUUUUUAAAGCAAUCUAUUGGGCGUUAAUAACUCUAACGACUGUUGGAUAUGGUAAUUAUGUGCCUGUUACCACUGUCGGUCAUGUGAUUGCUGGAUCAUGCGCAGUAUGUGGUGUGAUAGUUAUUGCUCUACCUGUCGGAAUUAUUGCAUCGAAAUUUUACAAAUAUUACAACUAUUGCUCAUACAUCAAGACAAACUCUAUUACGGAGGUUAACAUGCCGCAAUCAGUUAAUGGGGACCAAGCAUCAAAGAUAAGUUUAGAUGAAAACAGCAUUCUUGAAUUAAAUGAUUUAUAAUACAUAUUAAUUUUUUAAAGUUUACCUUGCACCUGUUUAUUAUUAAUAACAUUUAUUCUGUGAUUGUUGAAAAAACGUAUAUGUAUAGUGCUUAUGACAGUGACUUCGGUUGUAUUAUGCUAUCUUAAGUAAAAAAUUAUGGGAGAAAUCACUUGAAAUACAUGACGCAGUAACACAUGUCUUUUUCGUAACAUUUUCCAGCCCUCAAGAAAAACAAAAAUAAAGUAGAAAGUUGACUUAGUUGAUUAACUUUAGUACCUGCCAUUCUUGAAAUAUGAUAUCUGUUCGACACUGUUUCAAGAAAAUUAAUAAAAUAAUGGGAUAUGGAAAUGACUUUUGAAUGUGCAAUGUAUUUGUUUUCUUUACAUUCUUUUUUAUUCAACAAUUUCUUCGAUACUUUUUAUUAGGCGAAUAGUUUAUGCCUUUUUAUAUUUCACAUUUUUAUAAUAAACGUUUUUACUAUC